AAAAACUAAUUAACAACACGAAUUAUUCUAAUGAACUAAAUGAAGUAAAUUAUGAAACAGAUGAUCUAGUAUUUAAUGAUAUUAGAUUCCUUGAUACUCAAGAAAAGGAAAAAGAAGGCCCUAAAAAAAGAAAAAUCAAGAUUAAUACAUCUACUAAUACUACGAAUAUAAGGCUUAAAAUUAAAAAUACCCUAUAUAAUACGCUUUUAUACUAUUGA